AUGGAGCCGAGUCCAAGUGCCCUGUAUCAGGAGUCCGGCGAGCGGAGCAGUUCUUCCGAGGCCAAGUACAGAGUGGUACGCACGCAAUCUCCUCCGCACAUCGUCCAGACGACGCACACCCGGCUUCCUUACGUGGUCGUGUGUACGGUCGGUGUGAUCAUGGUGCUGGUGGGUGUGGCCUUGUCUACCUACAAACUGCAAAACGGACCCACCUUCCUCGAGCUCUUCAACCGCUCCAUUUCGCUGCUCGUCUACAACAACUCUACAACAGCUCAGCACGGCAGCGAAGCAAAUGCACAGGCGGCCAGGCAUUUGCUGAAGCACGAGGUCAAGCUUGGCGGCUCCGACGCGAAGUGCAAGACAGACGCGUGUAUUUGGAUGGAACGAUACCUGCGGGGCAAGCUCAACACCAGCGUAAGCCCCUGCGUGGACUUCUACGCAUACGUCUGCUCGUCAAAGUGGUAUGCCAAAGACUUAGACAUAAGGGACAGACCUUACGAAGAGCGCAGCACAGGCUUGUUGAUGCUUGAGGUAGAGAAGUUUUUUCGCAGCUACCUGAAGCAGAACGAAGAACGCUACCAUAAGUAUCCCGGAGUUUUUUUGCACCAGGCUAUUUCCCUCCUUCCAAAGUGUCAGUCCGAAGAGAAAGAGGACAAAGAUUUCACUUCACUGAGAAGCUUUCUUGAAGAGUACAAUUUGGGAAGCUGGCCUUACAGAAGGGCGCCGCGGGGCGUCAAUAUUGUGACCAUUUCUGCAUUCGUCGAUCGGGACAUGGGUGUGUUCCCUUUUGCGCGAGUGUACGUAAAGAAGCCAUUCGAGGAUGAUCGAGGCUACACUGUUCAUCUAGACAAGCCUAGUUCCACACUUGAGAGACAUCAGCUGGCCUUCUUGUCUGAAUCCGUGGAAAACUACACAGACAAAGUGGCGCUAGCGCUUUCACUCUUCGAGAAGAGGCGAGAUGUGAGUGAGCAAGCUGAUGCUGUAGUUGCGCUAGAAAAAAAAUUGGCUUCUGCAAUGCCGCUCUCCAAAUUUACAGAAUUCCAAGACAGAAUUAAGCGCAUUGGACAGCUUGACCGCAGGGGCAAGUGGGACUGGAAAGAAUACUUGAAUAUUGUCUUUCAAGACAUUGAGGUAUUUGACAGUGAGAAGCAUGUGUGCAUCAUGCACCAGGAUUAUCUCCUCAAAAUGGCGUCAAUUGUCAAUGAAACUGAGACUGUAACUUUGCUAAAUUACAUCGGCUAUCGUCUAGUGGUGCACAUUUCUCCUUUGCUGGCCAAGCCUGCCGGUCAUCUACUACGACUGAGCCAUGAAAACUACCGAGAAUUCGUGCCUGACCGACUCCAAGCUUGCAUGCACCUUUUGGAAAGAGUUUACAAACAAGGUAUGCGCUUCUUUGCUAGGAUGACUUUCAGCAAGGAUAACUCCACACUGCUACUCAAGCACUUCGACUACAGCAUGUCCAACAUUGAAAUUCAACUCAAGAGCACUAUGGCAGAUCGACUGCUCUCGACGUCAUCCUGGCUAGAUCGUUCAGCUAUAGGAAUAGGCGUGGACAAGCUAGAGAACAUGAGACUUGCUUUUCUAGGAAGCACAGAAGACAUCAACACUGUCGCAAGGUACUAUAAUUUCAACGCUCAGCCACUGGACCCUACUCAUCUCCUGGAGAGUUUCCGAGAAGUUCAGGCAGGCACGAUGAACAUCUACUGGGAAUCCAAGCCUCCGAAGGACGACUUGGACGCGAGAUACGACCACUCAGCAUUGAUCCCUGGUUACGAGUACUUCUUCGGUCGGAACGUGUUGUUUAUUCCGCACGGAAAUAUAGCUUUUGCUAAUGGGAUAAGCAAAAACAUCGACCCUAUCUUGUAUCCUCUUCUGCUCCCCAACGUGCUUCGGGGCAUGUUUUCAGCUGUAGACCGUCGAGGCGCGACUGUAGACCACAACCUGGCCGUAUCAACUUGGUGGAACACGGAUGAAUUGAGCAAGUUCUCUCAGAUGGAGCUUUGUUUCCAGGACCAAUACUACAUUGAGAUACGGGAGCUUGUUGGCGACACUUUCGACGCGCGGAUAAGGCUGGACGAAAAUAUCGCAGACAACGCGAUACUUGCACCGCUGCACGAUCUUUACUUAAAGACUAUGGUAUCACAGAGCAUCACGAUCGACAAACAGAAGCUUACUUUAGACAUUGGCGACAUAGACAUGCACAAGCUGUUCUUCAUCACAUACGCACUUGGCCUCUGUGAUAAUCCAAGUAAGCAGUCGUCGAUGCGCAAGGUGAAAUAUGAGAGGAUUCCUGGCAGGCUUCGCAUCAACAUACCACUGAUGAACUUCGCAAAGUUCGCAACAACGUUUAACUGCCCCGUGAACUCCCCCAUGAACCCCGCCAGAAAGUGUACAGUGUGGUAG